AAGUCUACAAAUAGAAAGCAAAUCAGUUGCCAGCCAUAAACGACUCUCUUGCAAUCGAACGAACGUUCGGGAAGUUGGGAAGAAAUUUAACUAUCCAUCAGGCAAUCGGGUGCAGCCUUCCAAAACAAUUUAGCUAGUAUGGGUACAGAUGCUGCAAAUGCUUCUCACCACUCCAAAAAGUAUUCCAGACCCCACGAUGAUGGAAAUUCUCGACUUGGAAUAUUAUUUUAUUUCACACACUUUGUGCUUUGCAGUGAUACAGAUGCUGCUGAAUAUAAAGAAAAGUACAAUAGAUAUGAGGCUGAUUAUGUGCGUCGAGUGAAUGCCAAAUACUUCUCAAAAAAUACUCUAAAUGGGGGUAUUAUAUUUGAUAAAGAGACAGUUGUGGAUAAUGAGGUUAUACGGGCAAGCAGGGUUCCUCCUACGAAGUCAUUCCUUGAUGCACCAUGCUUAGGAGAGGAGAAUAAGUCAUCAACAUCUGCUGCUGAUCCUUCUUCCAAUGCGUCAAAUAGAAAGUCACAAUCCAGAAAAAAUAUUUAAUGAAUUUCAUCAUCAACAUUUGCAUACAUUUGCACCAAAAUGAUGAUAGAGGAAACCGACUGGACAAAACAUCAAAUGUAAACAUGUAAGAUUUUGCCAGGGAAGUGAGGUGCUAACCUAUUACCUUGUUAGCAUUUUCUUUUGAGUUAUUAAUUUUAUGUAAUGACUUGGAUAUCUGAAAUGACACUUGCUAGCAGCAAUGUCUUUCAUAGAUUGGCUAUCUGAUGUUAUCUCUUUUGAAGGAAAGUUGAACAAAUUUGAGAUAUCUCUAAACCAUACCAUUCAAAGUUUUUUAUUUUUUAUUUGAUUACUAAAUUAAGGGUUUGAUCAGACCAUUGGCCUCAA